CAAUUCAAAACGACACCGUCACCUUGUAAAAGUUGACCAGUGAUAAGUCACAGCCAUCGCAUGCAAGAGCCAUGGCAAUUUGAGGAAGAGGCAGAGUCCACAAGAGGUGGAGACGACCAUCCCAACACUUUGCUACUCCUACGCUACUACAAGAUGUCCCUCGAGGAGUUGUUUGCCAGUGGGUCUGUCCCCAUGUUGGAAGAUGCUCGAUACAUUCCGGUCUUGUUGAUUGGUUCUUUGUCGAGUUUGUUGUCCUUGCUUGGGUCUUCCUGUAUCAUGUACAUGGCUUAUCAGGAGGCAAGAACAAAACUGAUGCAACGACUGCUGUUUUGCCUCAGUCUAUCCGAUUGGAUUUCCAGUAUGAGUCUCCUGGUAAUGCCAUAUUUGAUUCCUUCCUUUUUGGGGUUAGCAGGUGCAGUGGGCAGUUUCGCAUCGUGUGCCGGCGUUGGCUUUUUCAUGCUGGUGGCCAGCAAAAUGGGAUGUUGCUACAAUGCCUACCUCAGCAUGUACUACUAUUUGGUCGUUGUACGAAAUUGGAGAGAAGCCGAUUUUUCCAGACGACCGCAUUUGGAAUUGGCAGGGCAUGUCGUGGCCGUCGUGGUUACUUUGGCUAUUGAAGUGGCUGCAGUCGCCACACAAUCCAUCAAUCCCACUCCUGUCAUUAACAAUGUCUGUAUCUAUGCGACCUGGCCCUGGGGAUGUAUUGAUUCGCCAGAGGUCGAAUGUACCAGAUCGUCCGACUCCACCUUUAAACUCCUCGUGACCGUGUCUGGCCCAAUCUAUUUUUUGUUUUCCAUGGCAGGAUUCAUCACUGCGGCUCUGGUGUUUGCCAAAGUCAGGAGUACCCUCCAAAAGAGCAGUCAAUAUCGAUUUGAAAAUAGAACCAGUCAGACGACAACUGCUGUGAGAACCAGCAAUGGAGCGGUAUCCUCUACUACGACAACAUCGGAUCCCAACAACAAACGCAUUCAAGAGGUGGGAAUGCAAGCCGUCCUCUACACAUUGGCAUACUUUCAAAGCUUCUUUUGGCCACUCAUGACCGUCAUCUUGUCCCAAACAUUCAAAGACUCGGAGAUGAUUCACAAAAAACUCGAGCCAGGCUUUUAUGCCUUCACCAUCCUCUUUUUUGUAUUUUAUCCCAUUCAGGGUUUUUUCAACUUUUUCGUUUACACACGGGUCAAAGUCAAGCGAUGGAGAACUGUAGAACCAGACAAGUCUAUUUUCUGGAUCUACAAACAAAUUGUGGCGGGGAUACCACCACCAGCCACGUCCACAAUAUCCAGAAUCAGCACCAAAUAUACCAAACACACACCAAGCUCGGAACAACUGCAACAACCACAAGUACAGUUUAGCACAACAACAAUUCCCCACCACCAACAACAACAACCCGCCAUGGAAUCAUCGUCUGUCCCCUCGUUCCAAAUGGAGGAGGACGAAGAGGCCAAAACUUCGGAACAACUGCAAGAGGAAGAACCACAACAACCUACUACACCACUCGAGGAUGGUGAUGGUUAUGAUGAUGAACAUUAGCUUGGUUCCAACAAUAGGCAGUCAUAUCCUCCCAACCCCAUCGUUGUUUUGAUUGCUUACGCAAGCAACCGGCUUCUGGAAACGGCACGGUACCAGUUUUGCAAGCCAAGACAUGUGGAGGGUAUGAUUGAUCCAAGGAACAACCAUUCACCAGCCCGGGUUGGCCAUUUGACUGCAUUAUGGGCAACUUACUACUCGGGGUUCCUGCAUAUUCCUUCCUCCGCUCUCUGGACGGCACGGAUGGCUGGGGUAUGGUAGUAUGCGUUGCUUGUGUUGAUGCAGCCCAAUGAUGCACCAAGCAAAAGCAAGGUCCCAUCACAGGAGUGAUGAUAGUUGUACUAUAGGACUCAUCUCAUGUCCUCUUCGGGGUACAGUCAGUGAAACUGCUGCAAGUCUUUGGCACUGUAGCGCUUGGUGCAGGCCAAUGCUGCACCAAGAAAAAGCAAGGUACAAUCCCAUUUGUUUUACAGGUCAGAGGAGUGAUACUUCUGCUACGGUGCAGUAUCUACUCCUCACCCCGUUUCCUCUUGGGGGCACUAGCUGGCCAGUGGAAACGUCAUGUCUGGCUAUCCAGUAGAGCAUAACGCAUAACUAGCUAGAUUAGAAGACGAACCGCAUGUCAUCGUGUACGGCCAUUUCGAAUGAGAUGUUGCCGAAAGGGGGUGAUGGGCUAAUAACCUCCAAAAGAAAUAGGAUGGAUGUUAC